AUGACCAGCAGUACCUUGACCUUUUGGCAGACAAUGUUUUCCGCGGAGAGCAUCCAGCGAAUCUGCGUGCUGAAAACACUCAUUCAGAGGCGUCCGGAAAUUCCUGAUGAUGCGCUUCUGAUUUUUUCUGACCUGGACGAGGUGCCCUCUGCCCAGGCCAUUCAGAUGCUGAGGCUCUGCAAGACAAAGUCCAGUGCCAAGGAUGGGCCAUGGAUCCAGGCCCACUAUCCUCUGCCGUACAACCUCCGGGUUGGGUGCAAGGCAAGAAAGAAGACUGAGUUGCACUACCAGGGGGUCUUCACCACCAUGGGGUUCUUGCGCCGGAAGAGGGGCCUAGCGCUGCGGUACAACAUGAGGAAGAACUUGAUCGUGCCGAGAGCCGGCAUUCACCUGACCUAUGUUGGCUCGCGUGCAGAUGUCGACUACAAGCUUCUACAUCACGGCGAAAGCGGUCAGGUCCUUGCCACCAAAGCAACAGCCAAUGGCAAGAGACUAAACUUCUGUGAGAUCGACGAAAAGACUCUGGCAUCGAUGGAGAAGCUUCUGCGCGACAACCCGGUUUCUGUGGCACGGGCGUGGGAGCGAGGCAAGUCCUCAGUGCUUCGGAAGGAACCUGCGGGUGAGCUCUCGAAAUGCCAAGU